AUGGCUUCGUCAAACUCCACCGGAAUUAAUGGUUCAUUGGAGGAGUUGAUUUACUACCUAGCUGUCGUUAAUCAUGACUAUUGCUUCCGCAUUCUGAAACUUGCUGAUCUCACCGAUAAUAGUACACCAAUUGAGAAAGCUCUUCAUGAGAAGUGGACCCGAUCGAACCAUUUAUGCCUCUUGUUCAUUAAGAAGUCCAUUGGCAAGACCAUUAAAGGGUCGACCCUUGAGUCUGACGAUGCAAAGACCUAUCUGGCUUCUGUUGAAAAGCGGUUUGCUUCAGUAGGCAAGUCGCUUGUAGGCACUCUCAUGGGCAAAUUAGUGACCAUGAAAUACAAUGGCAGCAGUGGCAUAGCCCAUCACAUCUGUGAAAUGGCAAACUUGGCUACACAACUACAAAAGUUGAACCAGAAGAUGAAUGAACUAUUCCUUAUUGAGAUGAUUCUGCAAUCACUCCCUGAUAAAUUUGAACCAUUCAAGAUCCAUCGUAAUACGAAUGAUGAUGAUUGGGAUGUAAAUGAGCUUCAAAGUAAACUCAUUCAGGAAGAGCAGAGAUUGAAACAAGUGUCCAAUUUUGUGGCACAUAAAAGAAAGAGUGGAAAGAACUUUAAAGCUGCACCUAAGAAGAAGACAGUCAAUUCAUAG